UGCUGAUCAAACAGAGUAUUUAUAUCCUACUUUGGCUGGUUCUAGUUGUCAAGCACUGGACGGGUAUUGAAAGCAAGUAUUUGAUUGAAAUGGAGUCUCAAUUCCAUGGUACUUGUAAUAAGUUGCAGUUGAAAAGAUAUAUUUAUUCACCCUCUAAGAAUGAUUUAUACACGUCUGGCAUAAGCAAAAACUAAAAAUGAUACAAUGUAUCUCCAAGAGUAUCAUGUAAUUUUUUUGACAGCCCAUAAACAUGAAUUACUAGUAUCAAGAAGUAACAGCUUUGUUUUGGAAAAUCUAGAGGUUGCGUGAGCCAUAUCGAUAGCAUUCCGUACAAGGCAAGGUAUCAGUAUCGUUUACUUGGCAAAUUUCGUGCAAUAAGUAUCUAGGUGCUAAACCACAUGGCAUCAUAACCAUGACUGUGAAUCGCCUUUCAUGGACUUUCUUUGUAAUAUACCUAGUGCUUGCCACCGUUUCUAGUCAAACUGAAGAGACGUGUCCAAAUGCUUCGAACUCCAAUGAAACCGAGUGCUUUUUAGACAGUAGUAGGAAUAUUUCCUUACCAACACUUGAACCAGAUUGGAUCAAUGUGAAUAAGCUUUUUUUCAUCGAAACUUCGGGUCGAAACUAUCUCAAAAUUAGGCAGGCGUGUGCAGUUGAAUCGGCCAUUCGAGAGUCUAUGGUUCCCGUGAUUGUGGUAUUCACUGCCAAAGACUUCAAUCCCCGGGCCAAUAACGCAUCCAAACAGGUUUACGAACUGACCAAGACUCAUCCCUUGCACUUCAGAACCAUUAACGUCUUGGACACUUUGGAGCAAACCCCCCUUGGGCCUCAGUCUAAAGUCAUUUUGAAUUACAUUCAAGCAAGUCAAAAGGCCGUGAACCAUUUGAGUGAUGCCCUUCGCUUGGCCUUGGUGUACCUUUACGGUGGAUGGUAUUCUGAUAUCGACACAGUCACGCUGAAACCCGUCACCGAUUUCGAGAUUGACACAAUCGGAACGGACACGAAUUUUGAGACGCUUUUCCAUCUCAAAUCGAAAGUAAAUGAACAAAGCAACGAAGUCGAAGAUGAGGAGAUGGGCAAAUCUGUAGCCAAUGGAAGAUUCUAUUUCAAAAAAGCUCGGAGCCCUUUUCUCGAACAAUCUUUGGCAUUGUUCAAAGUGAUUUACAAUCCCAAGGUUUGGAACAGCGGUGGUGCCAAGAUAAUGACCAGGGUACUCAAAACCUUUUGUGGCAUGAGACAAAACGAGAAGUUGACAGCUCAAAAAUGUGUUCCCGAAAAAUGCAAGGGAGUGGCCCUUGUUUCUUCGACGCUGUUUUAUCCUGUUUCUUGGUUUCAGUGUUCAAAUCUUCGAAAUCCUCCCAAAACUUCCGAAGAUUGGGAGGAUUUCUUUCGUGACUCUUAUUCCGUGGAUUUCUUUGGCACCUCUUGCAGCGAUGAAAUGAAAGUUUUGAGGCCUCGAUUUUAUGGAAAAAACGUUCCAGCCUACACGUACUUAGGCCCAAAAUACUGUCCUGUAUCUUACUUUAGUGCUAAAGUGUUUUAAAUACGCCAAAGAUGUACUUGAAUAAACAAAGAGACUUUUGCAAUCUGAUAAAA